AACAGGUGAAUCGUGAGUCUGCAUUUUGAUCGAUGAAAUUUCUGGCGCCAUUGGACGCAGUGAUUAAGAUGGCGGUAGGGUGAAUAAGACUGAAUUUAACUCGAGGAGAUGCGGCUGCUGCACAAAACAAUUGGUCUCUUCAUUGCCAUCCUCGGUGUCAUGGUGAUAGAAUCAUCAGAAACCGAGGACAGGAAAUAUCGGAUCGUCGAGGACGUCAAUCAUCGAAAUGAGGACAACAUCAGCAUCAGCAUCAACAUCAGUACCACCAGUACCACCAGUACCACCAACGAUGGAAGUACUUCAAUAUCUCCAGAGUAUCGUUGUAACCGAUGCGUUGGAAAAGUUGAAAUUGAGGUCACUCCACACCCGAGUGAACUUCUUCAAAAUGCGAUAAUAAAAAUGGAUAGAGUUGAACUUAAUAUGUUUUCCAAUCGCAAAUGGACAAACAUCACCGCUACCACCAAAAACAUUUCCGAAGCAGUUAAAAUAGCGUCAACAACAGCAAAUGUACCUACAGUUAGGUACACAGAAGAAAUAAUUACGCAGAAGCAUAAAUUUUUAUUAUCAUCUGCGGAAAACCAAAAUUCACAGACCCUAAAUCCUUCAGAAGUGGAGCAAGACAACAAAUACAGGGUGAAGCGGAGUGAUGGGAGCUUCCUUGAGUUUUCAAGACCGGAAAACCUUACUCAAGCAAUACCGGACACUAAAUCCCAAGUUGAUGAGUCGGUGGAAGAAGCUACGGACACAUUGAUUUCCGGUUCGCUUCUCGACGCCGAAACAAUUCGAGAUGUCGACGAUCAGCUCAAGGAUCCAAGUAAAAAGCUUACGACUCGGAACCAAUUAGAUGAUUCGGACGGACCGAAUUUAAGGAAAGCCACAUCGACGCUUACGUCUACGAGAACAAUCAAAGUGCUAAGUGCCAAACAGAUAUUGUCUGGCACUCUACACUCUGGAAACUCGGACCAUUCAACCCAUUCGAGAACCAACCGAUUGGCAGAGUCCACCCUCGAGGCGCCAUUGAUCUUAGAGCCACAAGUACUGGGCGCAAGUAUGUGGGUUUCGAAGAACGCUUCUCAAGGCGACGAUCAUGAUAAUCCUUACUUGAAGAAAGACCAUUCCAAGCCGUCUAUCAACCUCGUUGACGGCAAGCCUAACAAAGUUUUCUACGAAAUCAAACCCUCGCUCAACACGGCCAUGGACGAGGAUGAUGCACCCAGAACUUGGGCGCCAGUUUUUACUACCACUAAGCGCAGUUUUCUCGCCGGGUUCAAGAUUCCUAGUAUUCCUAGUUCUUUUGGGAAGUAUGGUCCGUAUUUUUUGGAUAAUGAUGAUGGCAGGAAUGUUACUGAGAGGAUUGGCAGCACUGUUUUGCUGGAUUGUCGCAUUGGACUGCUGGGAGACAAAAAGGUGACCUGGUUGCAACAUGAUAAAGAUUCAAUCCGGCUUCUAACCGUAGGCAAUGUGCAGUAUAGUGCAGAUGAAAGGAUCAGCUUGAAAUUUCAAUAUCCGGACAACUGGAGAUUACAGAUCACAUAUGCAACACUUCGAGAUAAUGGACUCUACAAGUGUCAAGUUGAGAUCGACCCAUCCCAUUCUCUUGUCAAAAGAUACAACGUUAUAAUUACAGCUCCGGUGCUGAAUAUCACUGACGAUGCCGGGCGAGUUAUCUCUGGCGAGAGACACCUCAAAGCCGGUAGUGCCUUGAGGCUGAAAUGCGAAGGUCGGGAUGUACUCGAAAAAUUGAACGAAUCUCUGAUCUGGACCAGAGGGGACGAAAUUCUUAGCUCUCAUGUCAGUGAAAAUAGAACAACCGAAAUAGUAGACGACAAGGAGGUUUCGGUGAUCGUGAGUGCUCUUACGAUUGAGAAAGCCAGCCCCCGUCACGCAGGAAACUACAGCUGCAUUGUUCCAGAUCGAGCGAAAACCACCAUCGCUGUGCACGUUCUCAAUGGUGAACUUCCAGCAGCCGUACACGGGAGCGGGGUCUCCAGAGCGGUCUUCAAUAUCUGGCUGGUCCACUUGACCAUCAGCUCCGGGUUCUUCAGAUGACACUAAGGUUAAAAAUAUUUAAAUUAAUAAAUAAACUAGCCUAGGCAAGUGCUGUUCCAGACCUAUAGCAUAAAUAACGUGGACUCAAAUUUAUAUGGACGUGUGUAUUGAAUAAAAAGUCAUAAAAAGGGGAGAAUAUGCGAAGAAAUAAAAAUAUGAUAAAGAAGAAUAAGAAGAUGAAGAAUGGGAAAUAUAUGUAAAAAGAAAAACAGAUCGCCGAUGCCACGGUGAAAUAAUUUAUCACCAAUAUAUAUCCUAUAUAUCUGAUAAAGAAUGAAGCAUUUUUCAUAAACGAAAGCUAGUACCGUCUUAAAUUUUUACGAAGCUGUGAAUCACUUUUCUUUCACCAUAAACCUUGAUGCAUUUUCGGUAGCUUACUUAAAUUAUAAUGAUAAUAAAACUCACGAAAAAUUUAAACUUUAAUACCUACGCUUUUAAAAUUGCAUGUCUAAAUUUAUAAAAGAAAAAGAUGAAAUGUGUCUUGUCAGGUUAUCAGUUAUUAUCGCUCUACAGAUUUUCGGACAAAAAUUGAACUAAAAAGACAAAAUAAAAAAAUUAAUAUAAAUUGAGACAUUAAUAAAAAUUAAAUUAUUAGAAAACUUAUAACAUAAAUAUAUGUUGCAAAGAAAAAAGGUAAAAAUAAAUGAUAUAUAAAAUAUGUAUAAAAACAUACUUUCAAUAAUUAACUUUUUGGCCAACUUUCGUAUAUAUUUUCACUAUAAUUGAAAUACAUUAAAAAUGUAUGAA